AACGGGAAAUGCAUCCUAUAAUCGUUAUUGUACUUAAUCAUGGAAGCAAAUCUUUCAGCUUAUACGCGCGGCAGAAUAGAAGAAAGCUUCAGUCUCUUACGAUAUCAUGAAAGCAGUACUAAUUCUUGCUCUUUUAGGUUGCUUGAUAGCGGUCAGUUUGGCUGCUACAAGAUGUACGAAACAGUCUGACUGCGGGGAAGAUGAAUGUUGUUUGGACACGAUGUUCUUCAAGAGCCCGUUCUGUGAAAAGCGAUACAAAGCUGGACAACGUUGCGUAGCCACUUCUCUUUACAAACCAGAAAAGGAUAUGUUCUACUUCGCUUGUCCUUGCGAAAAAAUGUAUGAAUGUCUGGGCAAAGGCGUAACAGAGAACGGGGUAACAUUCAUGAAGAACCCCAAGUGCAUUAUGCCGACAAUGUAAUAUUUUGUGUACAACAACUGCGUUUGUUUAAAACUGUUUUUACAGAUCAAUAAAAACUUUAUUCUUUUUGA